AGGCAUCCAAUUUGCUUAUCCCCAACAAAUUAAAGAAUUGAAAUAUAGCCUAAAGUUGAAUUUAUCACAAUGUCACUGUCCAAUGGAGCUAAACUGCCAAACCCAUUUGAUCUUAACGACUCUCAGAUUUUGGAUAAAGUUUAUCUGACCCACCUCCAUGAUGAUGAUAAGUGUGAUAAAGAUGUCCUUUUCAACAUUGUGUCCAAUGUUAUCCAUAGGUCACAGUCACAGAUAAGGGUAGCAGAAAACAGAGGUGCUGUAACCAGUUUCCAACCAGAAUUUCGCACAUUGAAGCUGAUUUCUUGUCAGAUGAUAACAACGCCUCGUGGAGAACGUUAUGUGCAUCAAACAACAAUGUGGAUUCUUCAACAUCUGAAAACCUAUUCAUGGGAUGCAAAAGCACUCAUAACUCUGGCUGCAUUCACUUUGGAAUAUGGGAAUCUUUUGUACCUCACUGAUAUUUCAACAUCAGAUCAAUUUGUUAACUCUUUGAAACAACUUAAUCAAAUUCAAAGCAGAAAGGUUCCUGCUACAGAUUUGGUUGUGUUGAUAACGGAAGUGCUUAUGCACAUUAAUGAAUGGGCCACGUGGUGUGGUGUUGGUUAUGACACUCUUCAAGUUCCUUCUUUGUCUGAUGCAUUGCAAGAUAUUCCUGUUGCUGUUUAUUGGAUCAUUGCUUCCAUUGUUGCUGCUACUGCCAACAUUGUUGCUGUUUCGGACUAUACAUUAUCAAGUUUUAAAGACAGACUUUCUUUGGUUGAUUCUAAAUUGAAGGAAAAUUUGAUACUGAGCAAAAGGCAAAUAGAUUCUGUUGAAGAAUACUUGAAGCGCAAGAAAGCAAUUUCCAAUCCUAAAAAUAUUGUUGAUUUCUUAAAGCUUCUAAUCCAACGCAAUGGAGAUAAUCUCCUAAUAUAUGACGGCAACAACAAAACAAAAACAGAUAUUGAAGUGUUCAAAGAGAAAUAUGUGUUGUUAUUCAUUUCAAGCCUUAACAAAGUUGAAGAUGAGAUUUUGCUAUUGAAUUCUAUCUAUGAAAGAUUGCAUGACAAUCCACAAGAAGUGAUAAAAGGUUACAAGAAAGAGGAUUUCAAGAUUUUGUGGAUUCCCAUCUGCGACGACGAAGGCGAGAAGAUCGAAUUCAAUUCUUUAAAGAAUAAGAUUAGAUUUUAUGCAGUGGAGUACUUGUCUAAGUUAUCAGACAUUCGAUUCAUAAGAGAGAUUUUGAAUUAUAGAGAUAAGCCUAUUGUCCUUGUGCUCAACCCUUUAGGUGAAAUUAUGAAUGAAGAUGCAAUGAACUUGAUUUUUCAAUGGGGAAUAGAUGCAUUCCCUUUUAGGAACAUAGAUGGUUAUGAUCUUACUCAAAAAUGGAAAUGGUUUUGGGAUGUUACAAAGAGAGUAAAUCUUGGAAUACAGGUGAAAGGGGAUAGGUACAUCUUCAUCUAUGGAGGUGGUGACAAAAAAUGGACUCAAGACUUCACAUUAGCAUUGGAGAAAACAAAAAGACAUGAAACUAUCUUAAGAGCAGAUGCUAUAAUUGAACACUAUCAAUUGGGAAAAGAUGACCCAAAAAUAGUUCCUCGUUUUUGGAUUGAAAUAGAAAGCAAGAGACUCAAAAAACACCAAGAUGCUCUAGAUUGUGAAAUUCAAGAUAUUGUGAAAAGUUUGCUUUGUCUUAAACAAGAUCUACAAGGUUGGGCUAUUCUCACAAAAGGAUACAAUGUUAAGAUUUUGGGUCACGGUGAGCCUAUGUAUCAAACUUUGGCUGAUUUUGAUGUAUGGAAAGACAAAGUGUUACAAAAAGAAGGAUUUGAUAUUGCAUUUCAAGAAUACUAUGAUACUAAGGUUAAAGAGACACGUGUUCGUCCACCAUGUGAAAUUAUUAAUGUUGAUAACAAUAUUAAUGGAAAUGUUAUUGCUACUAUAUCAUGCCCAAAUCCCACGUGUGGACGUGUGAUGGAGGUGUCAUCUGUUAAUUACAAGUGUUGCCACAAUGAUGAUGCUCCACAUAAUGGCAAGAUAUGAAUUUGAGUAAGGGAAGAGGUUGCUCCCAUAAGUUUGCUAGCUUUGGCAAAAUUUGAUUUGAUGUGUUUUGAAUUCAUGUAAUUGUCUACAUAUAUAUUUGCAUGUUUGUAUGUCAAUGAAGAUGAAAGCCUAGUGUGCGUUAUGCAAUUAACCUUGAUGAAAGGGUAGAAAAUAAACAUGGCUUCACUUCAUUUGUUAGUUAAUUAUAAAACUCAAUAAAUGAUUUGCAUGCACAUAAAAUCUGCAUGCAAUUCUCUUUUGUUCAA